CUGGCGCUCACUACACGAUAGCCCAAUAGAUGUUGUUUUCCUUUCCCUCUUUCGUUUUUUUUUUUUUUGAGAAACAGCUCUGUCUCCCUCGGCUCCCGAACUCUGUGCGUAAGUGGGUGUGUCGAUGAGUAGCUUAGUGCGCACUCCGAAAAAGAGGAAAAAGUUCAUUAUGAGUUUAGUUUGAAACCUGCCCUGAGGACCAGAAUGGCUAUCUGGACUCGAGCGGACAAAAAUGGUCAACUGGAUCUUUUGCUACGGGACCGCUGGAUUCGAGUAGCGGCUGAGCUCACCCGUGAAACUUUAACUUUGACGGCAGAAGCAGAUUUAAGUGGUCCGGGUAAUAACUUGGAUUACAACAAUUCGUCAGCUGGCCUAAGAAAUGGUUUGUCGAACGGUGGCGAACCUGGAUUAACAUCAGGAAAUCCGAACCGAAGCCAGAACUCGGACAUCCACCCCAACCACGGAGCUUUAAGGCGAAGUGAUAGCCCAGCGCGGGGGGCACUCACCCGAGGUCAUUACGACAACAGCAGCAGCUACGGCUACAAUAGUCCAGGUUCUGGCAAGUUCAGUCGAGAUAACGGAGCCAACUCAGACUUUGGAAGUCCUGGGUCUAGUUAUGGUAGCCCUGGGUCUAGUUUUAGUUCACGGCAUGGCGAGACACCAAAUAGUUUCGAAGCUGGUGGGUCGGAAGCAAUACGGAAAGUAAGAGUUGUCAAACAGGAGUCUGGUGGUUUAGGCAUCAGUAUCAAAGGUGGUCGAGAAAACCGAAUGCCCAUCCUCAUAUCCAAGAUCUUCCCCGGACUUGCUGCGGACCAGAGUCGAGCUCUACGUGUCGGCGAUGCAAUUUUGUCCGUCAAUGGCAAUGACUUACGCGAAGCCACACACGACGUGGCGGUGCAGGCGCUUAAAAAGGCCGGAAAGGAGGUUAUGCUCGAGGUGAAGUACAUCAGAGAGGUAUCUCCCUUGUUCAAGAAGCCCUCUAUGGUGGCAGACCUGCCUUGGGAGGGAACGCGCUCCCACUCCCCCAGCCUCAGUGGCGAUGAGCUACCCAAACACAGCCCUGGCACCAAGGACAGGAAGAUCAUCCCACUGAAGAUGAGCUUCAUCAGCCGCAACCUCACCAUGCCUGACCUGGAGAACAGGCUGCUGGAGCUGCACUCCCCUGACGGCCAGCACACGGUGGUGCUCCGCUGCAAGGAUGGUGCGUCGGCGCAGGCCUGGUUCACCGCCACCCACACCAACAUCGCCGCCCUGCUGCCCCAGACGCUGGCCCACGUCAACGCCUACCUGAGCGCGCCGACCACCGCCGCACACCCCCAGCUCAAGCACAUCGGCUGGCUAGCCGAGCAGAUCCAGUUGGAAGGUGGGCGGAUGCAGUACCGCCCGGUCGUCAUGGCGCUGACCGAGAAAGACAUCCUGUUGUUCGACUCGGUGCCCUGGAGUCGUGAGGCCUGGACGAACCCGCUGCUCACGCACCCUGUCCUCGCCACAAGGCUGGUUCAUUCGGGCAGCUCCCACGGGUCGCCGGCACUGGGGGCGGACCUGGUGUUUGCCACACGGACGGGCACGAGCCGUGGCAUCGAGUCGCACGUCUUCCGCGUGGAGACCCACUGGGACCUGUCGUCAUGGACACGGGCCCUGGUGCAGGGUGGGCACGCCGCCGCAGAACUGAUUAAAGAGGUGUCCAUAGGUUGUGUGUUGAACAGACAGGAGGUGCGUUUGACCCUGCAUUAUGACAAGGGCUUCACGGUGAGCCGGGAGCCAGCCGAGGCGGCUGGGACCAUGGUCCUCUUCCGCUACCCCUACGAAAAGCUCAAAAUGUCCGCUGACGACGGGGUCCGCAAACUCUACUUGGACUUUGGUGGUCCCGAGGGGGAACUGGUGUUUGACCUGAGAUCGGGGCCAAAGCCUGUGGUGUUUGUGCUCCAUUCCUUCCUGUCAGCUAAACUCACUCGCAUGGGCCUGCUGACGUGAAUGGGGACAACAGGAGCUCAGUGUCACAGCGCCUCUUUACAUAUAUACAUAUACGUCUUGAUAUCAACACCAUCUAUCAUCGCCUUCCAUUUUAUUUCUACAUUUUUUAAGCACAUUUUUGCUUUGUUGUCAUGUCAGUGUAAGGGUUUGUGUGUGUGUGUGUUUGUGUAUGCACGUGCGUGGUCAGUGGCAGUGUGGACUUGCGAGCACCGUCGGUAGCAUGCUGUGUACACCAGAAUGUGUGUGUUAGUGAGCUUGUGUUUCCAUUUUUAGCAUAUUGAAAUGUGACUGUUAUCAGGAUUACCAAAUGUGCCUUGUUGUAGAGCUAGUCUAAAUACUCUCUUCUAAACUUUUUCCAGUUUUUUCAAGGGUCAUAGAGGCUAAAGCAAAACUAGCUUUGAAAAAGCACACUCUCUCACUCACACACAUACACAUAGUAUUACUUUCAUAUAUGUGUGUUUGUUUGUUUUUGGUCCUUACCUUAUGUGUCAUUUCCUGUAUUUUGUAUUUAUGUUUUCUUUUUUUU